CGCCCUUGCAUUCAGACAGAUAAAGCGGAGCCCAUUUUUAAAAGCAGCUGAUAACAGCCCUGUUAUUGCAAUUUUUCAACUUCUCCACCGCUGGGCCAUCGUGUUAAUUUUGAAUUACAAGGUUGUUAACUCACACACGAGGGCAUCAGGUUUCAGGGAUCGUUCUCUCUGGCAGUGAUUUUAUAUUUUCAUCUGCUGAUAUGAUCUGCCAUUUCUCUCAUUUGUGAGAAAUGCCAGAUGCUCCUUAUGGAUGUGGAUACAAAAUGUAGCAACGAUACAUCGCUCCCUAUGUGCUAACAAAAAAAAAGCGCAGAGGACCUCAGCUCAUUUUACAAAUGGCCAGCAGAGUGUAUCUGUGACUGCAGCCUCUGUAAGCACUCCAAAGGUCCAGGCAGCUUUGAAUCCCUGGGAAAUUCCUGAGGAGUGUGUUCUUGUGGGACUAGAGUUUUGGCAGACAGGCCGCUAUGGCCCCAUUUGUAAAGGUCUGCUGAAGAAGAAAGAUGGACCCUCCUCUAGUGUGGUGGUUAAGUCCCUCCGAGAUGGACCCAACCAACCUGAAGCUAAGGAGUUUGUGCAGUGGGUGCUGUUCCAUGUCAGAGUGUGUAAACAUGAGAAUGUGGUGCAGAUGUUGUACUGUCAGACCAAACGUCUGCCCAUGUACCUGGUCUUAGACGCCUACAGCCCAGGCAACCUCCUUCACUUCCUCUGGUCACUCAAAAAUAGGAAUUCAAACAUUGCUGCUCCAUCGCAGAGCUUCUCUGAGAGAUCAGUUUUUCUGGUGGCAAAGCAGGUUGCAGCAGGAUUGGAUUACCUGAUGGCAGAGCACAGGCUGGUGCAUGGUGAUGUUGCUGCCAGGAACAUCUUAAUUGGCCCAGGCCUCUCAGCCCGAGUGUCUGGGCUGGGUGUUGCAUUUGGAGGACGCAAAAUGGAUUUGGCAACUAGAAAGAGGGCAGCAGAGGUGCCUCUUAAAUGGCAAGCUCCAGAGAGGAUCAUGAUGCAGUUCAGCAUUGACAGGAGCGACGUGUGGUCAUUUGGAAUCCUCCUGUAUGAGCUGAUUACUUUAGGCUCUCCUCCAUAUCCUGAGCUGGAGCCUCUGUCUGUGCUUCCAAAGCUACAAGAGUCUUAUCGAAUGAAGAGACCAGAGAACUGUGGAGAACCUUUGUAUGAUCUGAUGACGUACUGUUGGAUGUGGAGUUUCAAAGACCGACCUGCCUUCUCAUCCAUCAUAAAGCUGUUAGACUCCUCACUGCACCUAGCUGCUACUAAAGACAUUUGUGUUCCUGAUGAAAUGGACAUAUUUGAGUAUAACAGAAAGGCUGGACUGCUCUCGUAGUACAACCAUAUUUCAACACCCAUGUAAAGUGUGAUCUACAAUGACAGCCUAUAAUCUGUAACUUUAGGUUUUAGAUUCAGCAGAUUAAUCUAAAUGUUUAGACUGAAUUGGACUGAAUUGACUGUUAAGUUGCAGGAAAGUAUCUUACUUUGUACUUCCACAGUGAAAUAUUGAUGACAUGAUGAAUGAAGGAUGAAAGCAAGUA